CCGGGCUGCGCGGCCGAGCCUGCGCCGAGAACGCGUGGGGGGCGCGUGAGGGGAGGACACCAACCGGGGAACCCGGAACUGCCCAGCCGAGCGGUAACGGCCGCGGCUGCCAGCCGUCACGUGCUUGGUGUAUAAUCCAGAAAUCUUCCAUGAUGCUAGAGUCCUAUGUGACUCCUAUUUUAAUGAGUUAUGUGAAUCGCUACAUUAAGAACUUGAAGCCCUCAGAUCUACAGCUGUCACUAUGGGGAGGAGAUGUGGUUCUUAGCAAACUUGAAUUGAAGCUGGAUGUACUUGAACAGGAGCUGAAACUACCAUUUAGUUUUUUAAGUGGACAUAUUCAUGAGUUACGAAUCCAUGUACCAUGGACAAAACUAGGCUCAGAACCAGUUGUCAUCACUAUCAAUACAAUGGAGUGCAUCUUGAAACUAAAGGAUGGAGUCCAGGAAGACCAUGAAAGCAGUGGUUCCAGUUCAACAAACCGCAGUACCACAGAGAGUGCAAAAUCAUCAGUGAAAUCACGAAGAAUCCAGCAAACUGCUCCUUCUGAUCCUGAUUUACCGCCAGGUUACGUGCAGAGUUUGAUUAGGCGUGUUGUCAACAAUGUCAACAUUGUGAUCAACAAUCUCAUAUUAAAGUAUGUGGAGGAUGAUAUUGUUCUCUCAGUCAAUAUCACUUCUGCAGAAUGCUAUACAGUGGAUGAAUUUUGGGAUCGUGCAUUUAUGGACAUCUCUGCAAAUGAUCUGGUACUAAGGAAAGCGGUUAAUUUUUCUGACUGCACAGUAUGUCUUGAUAAGAGAAAUGCUAGUGGAAAAAUUGAAUUUUACCAGGACCCUCUCCUUUACAAGUGUUCCUUCAAAACUCGUCUGCAUUUUACUUAUGAUAACCUUAAUUCCAAGAUGCCAUCUGUUAUCAAAAUUCAUACAUUAGUUGAAAGUUUGAAGCUUUCCAUCACUGAUCAGCAGCUCCCUAUGUUUAUACGCAUAAUGCAGCUUGGGAUUGCUCUUUACUAUGGAGAAUUGGGAAACUUUAAAGAAGGAGAAAAUGAAGACCUGGUUUGUCAUACUAAAGAUAUACUGGGAAACAUCUCAGGUGUAGAAGAUGAAACAGGUUCAGAUAUGCAAUAUUCUACCCAGUAUAUUAACCAAGAACCCUACAUGCAUCAAGAUGAUGAUCAGCAGCAGGGAUGGGUUUCCUGGGCCUGGUCUUUUGUUCCUGCUAUUGUGAGUUAUGAUGAUGGAGAGGAUGACUAUACUGGAACAGAAGGUGGAACAAUACUUCAUCAGCAGAAAUCCCAGGCCCUUAAGGAUCCUAUUGUUUCUAUUGGGUUUUACUGCACAAAGGCAACUGUGACUUUCAAGCUUACUGAAAUGCAAGCUGAAAGUAGUUAUUAUAGCCCUCAGAAAGUAAAAUCCAAAGAAGUUAUACUUUGGGAGCAAGAAGGAACCACAGUUGAGGCCCUUAUGAUGGGAGAGCCUUUCUUUGACUGCCAAAUAGGUUUUGUUGGUUGCCAAGCUAUGUGCCUUAAAGGAAUUAUGGGAAUUAAAGACUUUGAAGAGAAUGUGAACAGAAGUGAUACAGAGGCCUACUUCUUCAGUUGUGGAGAAAAUCUGAGUACAAAAGGAAUGACGUACCUUACCAAUUCACUGUUUGAUUACAGAAGUCCAGAAAAUAAUGGUAUUCGUGCAGAAUUUAUUUUGGAUGCAGCUCAUCAUAAGGAGACAUACUCAGAGAUAGCUGGAAUGCAGAGGUUUGGUGCCUUUUACAUGGAUUACUUGUACACAAUGGAAAGCACCAGUGGCAAAGUUUCUGGAAAUCAACAAGAACUUUCUUCAUCAAAGAGUGAAGAUUUAAUAAAUGUGCAGGAGAUGUCUACAAAAAGCCUCAUUGUAGGUCCACUUAAUCUUCGAUUGGAUAGCAGUGCAGUACACAGGAUUAUGAAAAUGAUAGUUUGUGCUAUGGAACAUGAAUAUGAGCCAUAUAACAAGCCCAAACCAGAUAUUGUGGAAGGAAACAGAACUAUGCCAAACUCAGAAGAAGUAGCAUCUUUGGAGGAAUACAUUCCCACUCGACUCACAAGCUUUACCAUUCUUAAAUGCACUAUUACAAUCUCUAUGGCUGAAUUCAAUUUACUGGGCCAUUUGCUACCUAUAAUCAUGGGACAGAAGAGUUCAAGUGGUUUGUUAAAUGCUGGAAGCUUCCAACCUUUACGACCUUUGCCUGCUAUUAGAAUAUUGAUGGACAAAAUUAACCUGGAACAUUCUGUGCCAAUGUAUGCUGAACAACUUGUGCAAACAGUCAGCAGCCUUAGCCAACCUUCUGAUAACCUGCUUCAUUACUGUUAUGCACACUGCUACCUUAAGAUAUUUGGUUUUCAGGCAGGAUUGACCUCUUUGGACAUUAGAGGAUCAUACUGCUUACCUACUCCAAUUAUCCCCUCUUUUAGUACUGCUAUUUAUGGCAAACUGCUUAAGUUUCCCAAAUAUUGGACCAAGCAAUCCCAUGUUCCACUAACAGAAUGCAUAUUUGAACUUCCAAAUCUGACAGUUCAAGCAACUAGAGCCCAGACCCUUCUUCUACAAACUAUUUAUCAGAGCUGGUCUCAUCAUGUUGGAAAUGUCAGUUCUGCAGUGGUAAAUGAAGGUUUGCUGAAUGAAGUCUUCCAAACUUUAGGUGUGAAAUCUAAGAAUCCCCUGCCAACUCUUGAGGGCUCAGUCCAGAAUGUUGAAUUGAAGUACUGCAGCACAUCAUUGGUCAAAUGUGCCUCUGGGACCGUGGGAUCAAUAAAAAUUUGUGCCAAAGCCCCAGGUGAUGGUGGAAAAGAGAAGCUGAUUCCUUUAAUUCAAGGCCCUUCUGACACCAGAGACCUACACAGCGGCAAAUGGCUCAAUGAAAGUAGAAAGCCAGAAUCUCUCUUAGCGCCAGAUAUGGUAGCCUUUACAAUCCAAAAUCCACGGUAUAUGGACUAUUGCCAUAAUUCUGGUGCUGUACUUUUGGCCAGUCUGCAGGGAUUAGCAGUCAAUAUUGAUCCUGUCUUGUAUACUUGGCUUAUGUACCAACCUCAGAAACGAAGUAGUAGACACAUCCAACAGCAGCCCGUAGGAACUGUUCCACUUGGUAUGCCAGUAACGAGAAAAAAAGAGGAUGAGGUGUCAGUUGGAAGUGUGCCUUUGGCAAAGCAGCAGUCAAAUCAAGCUUCUGAGUAUGCCAGCAGCCCUGUCAAAACAAAAACUGUAACAGAAUCUAGGCCUUUGUCACUUCCAUUGAAAGCCAUGCUGACCUCAUCUGAGAGCUGCAGAAGUCCUGAGGAGAGAAUGAAAGAAUUUAUUGGGAUAGUGUGGAAUGCAGUUAAACGCCUUACACUUCAGCUUGAAGUGCAGUCCUGUUGCGUGUUCAUUCCAAAUGACAGCCUGCCUUCCCCAAGUACAAUCGUGUCUGGUGACAUUCCUGGAACUGUCCGAAGUUGGUACCAUGGGCAGGCCGGUAUGCCUGGUACACUAGUUCUUUGCUUGCCCCAGAUAAAGAUUAUGAGUGCUGGACACAAAUAUAUGGAACCGCUGCAAGAAAUCCCCUUUGUUGUGCUAAGAUCCAUUCUUGAAGAAGGUGAUGCCUUCCCCUGGACAAUCAGUCUGCAUCAUUUCAGCGUUUAUACUCUUCUUGAACAACAAAUGACACUUAAUUUAGUGGAACCCAUGGGCUGUACUUCUACUCUAGCUGUCACUUCACAAAAACUACUUGCCUCAGGGCCAGAAUCCAGACACUCAUUUGUUGUUUGCCUCCAUGUCGACCUUGAGUCACUUGAAAUAAAAUGCUCGAACCCCCAGAUACAGCUUCUGUAUGAACUGACUGACAUCAUGAGCAAAGUCUGGAAUAAGAUUCAGAAGAGAGGUAUGCUGUAUCAAUCUUCUGUCUACACGGAGUCCGUGACAGGGCCUGCUCCUCCUAGCUCUCCAAUUAAAAGUAGUGUUGGGACAGCUCCAGCGGAUACCAGCACAUAUAGCCCAUCUGCUGACUUUGGAACCACUACAGAGGCUGAUUCUGUACAAGGGGGAGAUGAUUCUCCAUUCUCAGACUCUGUUACCUUGGAGCAAACAACAAGUAACAUUGGAAUAUCAAGUGGACGUGUUAGCUUGUGGAUGCAAUGGAUGUUGCCAAAAAUUACUAUAAAGCUGUUUGCACCAGAUCCUGGAAGUAAAGGCACAGAGAUUUGUGUUGUCAGUGAAUUAGAAGAUCUCAGCGCCUCAGUAGAUGUGCAAGAUGUAUACACCAAAGUCAAAUGUAAAAUAGAAAGCUUCAACAUUGACCACUACAGAAACAGCCUUGGGGAAGACUGUUGGUCUCUGGGGCAAUACGGAGGUGUAUUCCUUUCCUGUACUGACAAGCUGAACAGACGUACCUUGUUGGUUCGACCCGUCAGCAAGCAGGACCCUUUCAGUAAUUUCUCUGGCUUCUUUCCUCCUACAACUGCAAAACUUUUAGAUGGCUCACACCAACAACACGGAUUUCUCUCUCUCACUUACACAAAGGCUGUGACAAAAAAUGUCCGGCACAAGUUGAUAUCAAGAAAUGAACGAAGAACUUUCCAUAAGUUAUCUGAAGGUCUCAAUGAUGGUUCUCCUCAUUUUCUUCACGAGAUCCUUCUUUCUGCACAAGCAUUUGAUGUUGUCCUAUGUUUCCCUUUGCUUAAUGCAAUUGCAAGUAUAUUUCAAGCUAGGCUGCCAAGGAAUCAAAAAGAGAAAAGCAAAUCACCUGGCCAACCUAUGAGGACUCACACUCUAACAUCUCGGAAUUUACCUCUGAUUUAUAUCAACACAGGUGUAAUCAGAGUCUUCUUUCCCAAAACUGAGGAAAUGCAACAUGAUACAGGAGCUGAAGCUAAUCAGGCAAUAAAAGAAGACACUUUGAUUAUCAAGAUUGGCUCCGUCUCUAUGGCUCCCCAGGCUGACAACCCUCUUAGCAGAGCUGUACUCAGAAAAGAUAUUUACCAGAGAGCACUGAAUUUGGGAAUUCUUCGAGACCCUGGAUCAGAGGUUGAAGACAGACAAUACCAAAUAGAUCUGCAGUCUGUCAACAUUGGUACUGCGCAGUGGGGUCAGCUGAAACCAGAGAAGGACAAUAGUAAAGGUGUACUGACAGAGAGUGAAAGAAAUUCUCAAAACCCAGCGCUUGAAUGGAAUAUGGCCAGUAGCAUAAGGCGACAUCAAGAACGGAGAGCAAUUUUAACUCCAAUUUUAACAGAUUUCACAGUGCGAAUAACUGCAGCUCCUGCAAUCAUUUUCACAAAAGUAAUUUCACCAGAAAACUUGCACACAGAGGAGAUUUUAGUGUGCGGACAUUCUUUGGAGGUGAAUAUGACCACAAACCUGGACUUCUUCCUCAGCGUAGCUCAAGUACAACUUCUACAGCAGCUAGUACAAGCCAAUUUGGUUGGACUGGAGCCUUCCGACAAGAGCACUGAGGUUUCCAAACAAGAACAGAAAAAAAUGGAUAUAUCUGAUGGAGGAACAGUUGAAACUUCUUCACGUUAUAGUGGUGCCCAAGACAGUGGCAUUGGCAGUGACAGCGUUAAAAUCAGAAUUAUUCAAAUAGAACAACAUAGUGGCACCAGCCAACACCGCAUUGCACGUCCUUCCCGACAGUCUUCCAUUGUGAAGAACCUGAACUUCAUUCCCUUUGAUAUUUUUAUUACAGCAAGCCGGAUCUCCUUGAUGUCUUAUUUGUGUACUCCUUUAGCUAAAUCUAUAUCAUUGCAAGAUCAGAAAGAUGGUGAGAAGAUAAGCAAAAGUUCAUUAAACCUUCCAGAAACAGAAUCACAUGGUAGCCAAGACACCAGAAAGCUCAGUCAGGCAUGUAUUUCAUCGGUAACUGCAGAUGAUCUCUUGAACAGUAACAAUUCUUUGCCCAAUGGGAGAAAAACAGGUCAACUAUCACUAGAAAGUCUUCAUGCUUCCACAAGGUCAUCUGCUCGACAAGCCCUUGGUAUAACUAUUGUUCGACAGCCUGGUCGCAGAGGAACUGGUGACCUCCGGUUAGAACCUUUUCUGCACCUUGUUGUAUCCCAGCCUUCUGUACUCUUGAGCUGUCACCACAGAAAGCAGAGGGUGGAAAUAUCAGUGUUUGAUGCUGUGCUUAAAGGAGUAACCUCAGACUACACGUGUACAGAUCCGGGAAAGACACUUCCAGAAGCUCUUGAUUACUGCAAGGUUUGGCUGCAGACAGUAGCAGGAGAGAGAGAUGCUAAAAGUGGCAUUCCACCUCCUCUCAUCACACUGCAAAUUAAAGACUUUCUCAAUGGGCCAGCUGACAUAAAUGUGGCUAUAUCAAAGCCUUUGAAAGCAAACCUGAGCUGUGUCAAACUUGAUCAAAUAAAUCAUUUCCUGAAGAAAAUCAUAAGGACGAAUGACUAUGAGACUAGCAAGGAGGCUGCUGCUUCAGCUGAUAGCAUUCCAAUCAAGGAUGACAUAUCAGCACCCAAAUGUUCCAGUAGAAAGGAUUCUUCACCUGCAGCAAGUGCUAAUGGAGAGCAAAUGGCUUCAGUCCAAGAAAAUUUGUGGAGAGUUGUUUCCUGUUUUCAAAAGAUUUCCAUUGAUACUGCUCAAAUGGUUGUUUCUAUGGAAACCAUGCCACACCCGAAUAAACCUUUCCUGUUAGCAUCUCUAUCAACCCUCAGUGGAAGUCUGAAUGUCAAAGCUGGACAUAAAACUACAGGUGUAAUUCAUGGAUCAUCAUUUGUUCUUGACAUAAAUGAUUUUCUCCUUAAAACAAGUUUCAAAGAAAGAAGCAGAGCUCUGAUAGGCCCCUUCUGUUGUUCCGUCAAUGUGGAAGCUAAGUGGUGUAAGCACAGUGGCAAUCCUGGUCCAGAGCAAUCCAUUCCAAAAAUACAUAUUGACUUCAGAGGAGGGCUUAUACAGGUCUUCUGGGGUCAAGAACAUUUGAAUUGUUUAGUUCUUCUCCAUGAACUUCUGCAAGGGUACCUUACUGAACAAGGCAAAAUGGAGACACUGAUCUCUGAUCAAACAAACCAGACUCAGUCUCCUAUGGAAAGGAAUCAGACCUCAAAAACGGAACAUACCUCAGAUGAUCUGAGAACAGGCUUGUUCCAGUACAUACAAGAUGCAGAAGCGCAGAAACUGCCGAGUGCCUAUGAAGUUGUGUUUUACAAUGAAACUGAGGAUAGUCCAGGAAUAAUGUUAUGGAGAUAUCCAGAACCCAGAGUGCUUACCCUUGUAAGAAUAACUCCUGUUCCUUUUAAUACAACUGAAGAUCCAGAUAUUAGUACUGCAGACCUUGGAGAUGUUCUUCAGGUUCCUUGUAGCUUGGAGUACUGGGAUGAGCUCCAGAAAUCAUUCAUUGCAUUCCGGGAAUUCAGUCUAUCAGAAAGCAAAGUUUGUGAGCUGCAGCUGCCCAGUAUCAGCCUUGUGAAUGAUCAGAAGGAGCUUGUAGCCUCAGACUUCUGGAGGAUUGUCCUGAACAGCAAUCAGAAUGGAGCUGAUGACCAAAGCUCUGAAAGUGAAUCUGGCUCACAAAGUGCAUGUGAUCAGCUUGUGACUCCUACAGCAUUAGCAGCCUGUACCAGAGUUGACUCCUGUUUUACCCCUUGGUUUGUGCCUUCACUUGGCGUUUCAGUCCAUUUUGCUCAUUUGGAACUCCAUCUCUGCCAUCAUCUUGAUCAGCUGGGCACAGCACCAGCAAGGUCCCUUCAACCAUUUACCUCUGAUAAAAAUGUUCCAUCUGAACUAGAAUACAUGAUAGUUUCCUUCAAAGAGCCCCACACAUAUCUCCGGCAGUGGAAUGAUGAAUCAAUCUUCAAGGAGAUCCAGUUUUCUACAUGGACUGGCUGUAAACUUUUGGAGUGCCGAAAUGUUACUAUGCAGAAUUUCGUGAAGCCUUUCAAAAUCUGGGGGCAGACUGCCAUUUCAAGCAGUGCAACAGAAAGGUUACUGGACUGCACUAUGAUGGUGGACCCUAUAUUCGUAAACUUUGGGCAGCAUGCAGUUCAUUCUCUGAAUACAGCAUUUCAAGCUUGGCAACAGAACCAAUGCCCGGAGGCAGAGGAGUUGGUCUUUAGCCAUUUUGUGAUCUGUAAUGACACACAGGAGACAUUGCGGUUUGGCCAGGUGGAUACUGACGAAAAUGUUGUGCUGGCUAGUCUCCACAGUCACCAGUACAGCUGGCGCUCUCACAAGUCCCCACAGCUGUUACACAUCUGCAUUGAAGGUUGGGGAAACUGGCGCUGGUCUGAGCCAUUCACUGUGGACAGUGCAGGGACCUUUAUCAGAACCAUUCAGUACAAAGGCAGGACAGCAUCACUUAUCAUCAAGAUUCAACAGCUCAGUGGAGUGCAAAAACAAAUCAUAAUCUGUGGAAGACAGAUGGUCUGUAGUUAUCUGGCUGACAGCAUUGAAUUGAAAGUGGUUCAGCACUACAUUGGUCAAGAUGGGCAGGCAGUUGUUAAAGAACAUUUUGACUGCCUUGCAGCCACACAAAAGCUGCCUUCCUAUGUUCUAGAAAAUGAUGAGCUGACCGAGUUGAGUGUGAAAGCUAAAGGAGAUGAAGACUGGUCAAGAGAUGUAUGUCUCAGUUCCAAACACACAGAAUAUAGCACAGUCAUUCAGGUGCCAUCUUCAAACAGUUCAAUUACUUAUGUGUGGUGCACAGUUUUGACAGUAGAACCCAACACUCAAGUACAACAACGACUAAUUGUUUUCAGCCCUCUUUUUAUCAUGAGGAGUCAUCUUCCAGAUCCAAUUAUCAUACAUUUGGAGAAAAGAAGUCUGGGGUUGAGUGAAACACAAAUGAUUCCAGGAAAAGGACAGGAGAAAUCAUUGCAAAAUAUAGAGCCUGAUCUUACCCAUCACUUGACAUUUCAAGCCAGGGAAGAGGAUGAUCCAUCAGAGUGUGCAGUUCCUAUCUCAACAGCACUUAUUAAACAGAUAGCUACUAAAUCCCAUACAGGUGGCACUGUGAAUCAGAUACUCUCUGAGUUCUAUGGGAUUAAUAGCUCUCCCCAGCCUGUGUGGCCAUAUAAUAGAAAGGAUUCAGAGAGUAAUGAACAGCUCACUCAGUGGGAUAGCCCAAUGCGGGUGAAGUUGUCAGUCUGGAAGCCCUGUGUUAAAACUCUGCUGAUAGAACUCCUGCCCUGGGCUCUGCUUAACAAUCAGUCCAAAUGGGAUCUCUGGCUAUUUGAAGGAGAGAAAAUAGUUCUGCAGAUACCUACCGGGAAAACAAUUAUACCUCCAAAUUUCCAGGAAGCUUUUCAAAUUGGAAUAUACUGGGCAAACACUAAUACUGUGCACAAAUCAGUGGCAAUCAAACUAGUUCAUAACAUAACAUCUCCAAAAUGGAAGGAUGCAGACAACGGGGAAAUGGUAACACUGGAUGAAGAAGGGUUUGUUGAAGCUGAAAUAAAACUUGGUGCCUUCCCAGGUCAUAAAAAGUUGUGUCAGUUCUGCAUUUCCUCUAUGGUUCAGCAUGGUAUUCAAAUUCUACAGAUUGAAGAUAAGACAACAGUAAUCAACAAUACAUCAUACCAUAUCUAUUGUAUACCACAGCUGUCUGUUUCAAGGCCUCGGUCAGGAGAAGAGUGUUUACACAUACCAGACAGUACCGCAUUCAGCAUCUGCCCAGCUGGGGAGCCACCUACUGAAAAACUGAGCUCUGUUCCGUGCUGGGACCUGAUGUCGGACAUCAGUCAGUCAACUUCAGAAGUGUCCCUUUUUCAAAAGCACAUAUUGCUAAGUUUCAGUCCAGUUGUGUGUGCUGACAGCUCACGGUGCUGGAGCCUGCCAGCUGUGAUUAGACCGGAGUUUCCUAGACAGAGUGUGUCAGUACCCAUUGGAGUUUGUAAUGAAAGUGGAUUUUGUACCAGAGCCAUAGCGCUAACUUAUCAAGAGCAUCUUGGGGUGACAUACUUAACUCUUAAGGAAGACCCUAGUCCUCGCAUAAUUAUCCAUAACAGGUGUUCUGUCUCAUUGCUUAUAAAGGAGAACAUCAAAGACACACCAAAGUUUGAAGUUUAUUGCAAGAAAAUUCCAGCUGAAUGUUCUAUUCAUCAUGAGCUUUAUCAUCAAGUCUCCGGCUACCCAGAUUGCAAAACCAAGGAUCUGCUGCCCAGCAUUCUUCUGAAAGUGAUAUCAACAGAUGAACUAACAAAUGAAUGGAGUGAUUUUGUGGACAUUAAUAAUCAAGGAACACAGAUUGUGUUCUUAACUGGUUUUGGCUAUGUUUAUGUGGACAUUGCUCAUCGCUGUGGUACAAUAAUAAUAACUUUGGCACCAGAAGGAAGACCAGGACCUGUCCAGAUCAACCUGAACAGAACUCAGGAGCAGACCAUUAUAUUUAAAAUGUUCAUCAGCCAGGCAAGUCUUGCAGUGUUUGAUGAAAUAACAAAUCAUAAAAUGUCGUCUGAACUUCUGCGGCUUACAGUGGACAACCUUUUCCUUAACAUGGCACCAAUGGCCAGCUACUUGAGAUCCCUGUCUCAUGAAUUCCAGGGAGAGACCUCCGAAGGUCUUCUUCAGUUUUAUAGUCUCCAAAUAUAUUGUGGAGACUUGCAAUUGGACAACCAGCUGUAUAAUAAAUCCAGUUUCCAUUUUGCAGUCCUGCUGUGCCAGGGAGAGAAAAAUGAAACCAUGCGGUGGUCCAAAGUGAACAACCUCAUUUUAUCCAACAAAGAUUUGGACGAAUAUAAGGAAAACUGUUUCAUAAAACUCUGCAUCACUUUAUCAGAGGAACAGAAUUUCUUGUUUUGCGUUAAUGACCUCAACUUCGAACUGAAACCAGCGAGGCUGUAUGUGGAAGACACAUUUGUUUAUUACAUUAAGACCUUAUUUGAUACAUAUCUUCCAGACAGCAAAGUGAUUGGUCAUUGCAUGAAAACCUCAACUAUUACCCAGAUACUGCCUGAACAAGUGAGACAGCAUGCUAAAGCUUUAGUCAACCCAGUGAAGUUAAGGAAGUUAGCAAUACAACCAGUUAACCUGUUGGUCAGUAUCCAUGCUUCACUAAAGCUGUAUAUAGCUUCAGAUCACACCCCUCUCUCCUUCUCCAUGUUUGAAAGAGGACCCAUCUACACCACUGCAAGACAGCUCAUCCAUGCCUUGGCCAUGCAUUAUGCUGCGGGGGCACUGUUCAGAGCAGGCUGGGUUGUCGGAUCUUUAGAAAUUCUCGGAAGCCCAGCUAGCUUGGUGCGAAGUAUAGGGAAUGGCAUAGCUGACUUCUUUAGGCUCCCAUAUGAGGGGCUAACCAGAGGCCCAGGAGCAUUUGUCAGUGGAGUUUCCAGAGGAACAACAUCAUUUGUUAAACACAUUUCCAAAGGUACACUGACAUCAAUUACCAAUCUUGCAACAAGUCUUGCUCGGAAUAUGGAUCGUCUGUCACUGGAUGAGGAGCAUUAUAACAGACAAGAAGAAUGGCGAAGGCAGCUUCCAGAGAAUUUGGGAGAAGGACUGAGACAGGGGCUUUCCCGCUUAGGCAUCAGCCUUUUAGGAGCAAUUGCUGGUAUUGUAGAUCAGCCAAUGCAGAAUUUUCAGAAAAUAUCUGAGGCCCAAGCUUCGGCAGGGCACAAGGCCAAAGGUGUUAUCUCUGGUGUAGGAAAAGGAAUUAUGGGAGUGUUUACUAAGCCAAUUGGAGGAGCAGCUGAACUUGUCUCCCAGACAGGCUAUGGUAUUUUGCAUGGAGCUGGACUUUCUCAGCUUCCCAAACAGCGCUAUCAUCCAAAGGAUCAAAAUGUUGAGCAGGCUGCAAACAGCCACGUCAAAUAUGUCUGGAAAAUGCUUCAGUCUCUAGGAAGGCCAGAGGUCCAUAUGGCACUGGACGUGAUUAUUGUGAGUGGAUCAGGCCAGGAGCAUGAAGGAUGCUUGCUGCUUACAUCAGAGGUGCUAUUUGUGGUCAGUGUCAGUGAAGACACACAGCAGCAGGCAUUCCCUGUGACUGAAAUUGAGUGUGUAGAAGACCAUCAACAAAAAAAUCUGCUGAAGGUGCAGCUCAAACAACAAAGAGUGCCUUGUGAUUUGGAGGUGGAUGGAGUUAGAGAGAGACUCUCUGAACAACAAUACAACCGGCUGGUGGAUUUUGUCACAAAAACAUCCUACCACCUUGCUCCAGGCCACUCUUCUGUACAAACAGCAUCACAAGUUGUAGCUGCAGAGCCCCUUCCAAGCACAAUUAAGACAUAUCAGUACCUAGUUGAUCCAAAUUUUGCUCAGGUAUUCAUUAGUAAAUUCACUAUGGUAAAAAAUAAAGCCUUGCGGAAGGGAUUUAGUUAAGAACAAAUUAUGGCAAGCAUGAUUAUGCAUUACCAUUUUGAAAGUCAUGCUUUCUAUGCAGUCACCUAAUGUGAACUUUUCUAAUGUCAGUUUUGUGGGGUGGUGGGUGAUAGAAAAAUUAAAAGCUGCCUUUUCUGACCUAACUACAAAGACAACUUUGGGAUGCCUGGUCUCUAUGCAAGAUGUUAGCACUAGGAGGAAAGCAGAGUUGGUGCAUAAAAUAACCACCCUAACAAACAGAUAUUCAACCAAAGGGAAAGGUGGUAACUGAAUGAAAAUCCUUUGUUCUUUCUCUUAGCAGAAAUAAGAGGAAAGAAGACAAGGGAAAUCUUAUUCAUUGAGACAUUUUUUGCACACACCAAAAAUAGAUAUUUGUGCCCACUAUAUCAUAUUUUAGGGUCUGCCAGUCCCUGGUAUAAGCAAGGCUUAUAACUCAGUUGUAAAAACUUCCUGAAGGCUGAAACUUUUUCCACCCCAAUGUCUACAUACUGAAGCAAAACAUAUUCCCCUACUAAAUCUGAUAGACCUGGUGUGACCGUUUUAAGUUACUAGCAACAGCUGGGUUUUAGCACCACUCUAACCUUAAAAUAGCUUCCUUUAUUUGACUGAAAUUUUGCAGGACAUUAGUCCUUAAUGUAAACUAGUGCCUUUGUGUGGUUUGAAGAACAAAAUGGAAACGAUAAUAUUAAUUUACUUUUGAAACUGUCUGUAUACAGAAAACUUAUUUUAUCCACCAAUCAAAAUGUCAUAAGCAUUUUUGAUAUAUAUACCAUUGGGGAUUAGUUGGUAAUAUGUAAUUAUGUCAGGGAAACAGGAGCAGUUAUAAUUUUGAGUCCAGUAAUGUGCAUUUUAAAAAGCUUUAGGAGCUGUGUUUAUUCUCAUUAAUAUGUACCAAAAAUUCAUUAGCACCUUGCUCCUUUUAAACCCAAGUGCUAAGCUUUAUCCGUAGCUCACCUUGAUAGGCUCUACUAUUUCUGGACUCUCCAAACCAUACCCACAGCACUUCCUUACUUUGGCCAGCUGUAAUUCAUUUUUUGCUUAUCACUCUAAAAUGUCAGAAACCAGGAAAUUCAGAAUCAGGACUGAGAAGUCAUGUAUUACAUCAGACCAUACAGAACUACGUGUGCCUAGAAAUUAUACCUUAUUUUGCACAGCAGAGCAACUGGAAAAUUCUUGGAGUUAGACUCAUUUCUCAAUUCAUGUAACAACUGUGAAAUAGGUCGAAAGACAGAGUUGUAUGAAAACUGCAGUAUUGGAGCCCGGUGCAAACCACUAUCUGUCAGCAAGAUGGCUACUGCCAGCAGCAGGCUUACAAAGGGCAAUAGCAAUAUCAAUGACAUCAGUGUUAGAUGGCACUUGUAACAAUAUUAGGUAAAAAGCUUUUAGACAGAAAUGUGCUUUUCAAGUUGUUCUUUACCCUUUAUUUUCAAAUCUGUGUUAUAGUUUGUACUGCUGUCAUCACAGAGCAAACACACCUACAGCAAUUUUCAUUUUAAAUAGGAAAAGCUGACGUGACUCAGUUUCUUGGCUUUUGUGAGCUUCUACUUUAAACUCUGCCCAUGACUCUUCUCCUUCUGACCAUGAAUUUCAGCACAGGAACUAACUUAUUGUGUGGGGAUUCCUGAUGUACCUGAAUACAACCAACAACUAAAACAGGAGUCAAGUCAGAUCAUUGCCCUUAGUGUUCAGUAAAUGCCAUUUACUUAUGUUAGCAUCUCCUAUACAUCACUUAUAUGACCAAAUGGACAUACAAUAAGAAUGUAUUAUUUGCUAUGCAUUUCUCAUGAGUUCUGCUUUGUUGAAGCUACUCCUGGAAUUCAUGUCUCUUGUGUACUAAUAAGGAAGAAGCCCGGGAUUUGAAUAGCCCUUUGCUGAAUGUGAAAUGAACCCAUCCAUUAUUAACAUUUCAUACAGUCAGCUAGCUACUUGGUCAUUGUUUGCCUUUAAAUGACACUAUUUAAAAAUGUAAAUAAAUAGAUUGUUCAUUCCUGAAUCUUUUAUGGGAAAUAGUUUACUACUGCUAAUUUUACAUACUGAUGCAUAAAUUAUAAUAUAACAGGAUUGUUUAAAGUUAAUAAAGCUAUUCCUACAA